AUGGAUCCGAUAACUGCCCUCGGCGUUGUCUCUUCAGGUGUUCAGGUGUUGCAGGCCAUCGCUUCUACGGUGUAUGACCUGAAGCAGCUAUACGGGAGGUUCAAGGAUGCCGACCUCACGAUUCAAUCGCUGAUCCAGGAGCUGAGUUGCAUCAGUACAGCCCUGACCGGCCUGAAGGAUUGGACGCUCACCAAUAGCACCAAGGGACCAUCAUCGGACGAGUAUAAACGAGACCUGGCAGUAGCAAUGAAAGGCUGCGAGGUCGUCAUGGGGGUUGUCUCUUAUGAUGUAUCGCGCUUGGUGCAGGGCAUCAAGCAGGAUAGCUUCACCGGAUUCCGUGCUCGAAUGCGAAUUGUAUGGAAUGAAGAGACCAUGAAAGGGCAUCAAGAGAAGCUCCAUGCCCAAGUCAAUGCCCUGCAGCUUCUGCUGCAAGUCUGUCAAUGUCGUUCAUUCACGGAGCAAAUACAAUUGCUCAGAACACAGUCCACUCGUCGAAUCAUCCAUAGAGUUGCUGAUGAUACCGCCACUCUCCUGUCAACUCGCGGGUCGUCGUAUGCGAUCAGUGUCUCGCAGAGCAGCCGCCAAUCGACCAGUGACAACUCUGUUGACUUCAACCAGACAUUGGAAGAGUCUCCUGUGUAUCAAUGGGCCCUGGGCCAACGAGUGGCUACCUUCGGGACAGUUGAGACUCCACCUUCGAUCCCUAGCAGUAAUAGGAGCCCAGUUACCAACAAUGGCUGGAGCAACACUCCAGCAACCAGCAACUUGACUAUUUCAUCGCUGGAAAUCCCUCCACCGCAAAAAGGCGAUUUUAUUCUCCCUAAUAGCCCAUCUGGGCCAGUGCAUCACCCAAUCCACAGCAAGAGCAUGUCUACAAGUGAUGUUUCGCGUCGUCCAAAUCUGGGUGGACUCCAAAGACGUGUCACUGACUCCAAAGUCCCAUCUCUACCAUUGCACCGGUCUAAAUCCAGGCUUAGUAGGAUUAAAACUUUUAUUGGACGUCCCAGCACAUGGAGUAACUCGACUUUGAGCGUGUCUCCAGGAACAUCUCCAAACUUGUCUAAGAGCCCAGGCUCAGGGAGAAGACGGCGGCAGGUAGAAGCCGAUUUCAAUACCAGCAUCGACCUCACCUCCAAAGAUGCAAUUCUCGUGCCGGAAAUUGUCAGAGCCGCCCAAACCGGCACUCGAGAGGAUAUAGAGCGGCUCAUUAUACAAGGUAGUGAUCUUGAGGCACGAGAUACUACCUGGGGUAAGAAUGCCCUCCUGGUGGCCGCACAUUGUGGCAACGACGAUGUUGUUGAUCUGCUGCUCCGGAGUAAUGUCCAGGUUGCGGUGACUGACGCGUCCGGCUGGACAGCAUUGCACCUAGCCGCCUCUCGUGGUCACUGCGGGUCCUUGGAGCUUUUGGUGGUCGAGAGUGAUCUUAUGGAGGUUCAAACCCCUCGGGGCAAGACUGCAUUGCGCAUUGCUGCAGAUUAUGGCCAGGCAGAUGCACUACUUAUUUUGCUCAACUAUCACGCCCAGGUGAACGCCCGAGCGGACAAGCAGCUGACUGCUCUUCAUGCAGCUGCCAAACGAGGUGAUGGCGAAAUUGUGGAGCUUCUGGUUCGUUACGGUGCUGAUGUGGAAGCCAAAGAUGGAACCAUGAUGACGGCUUUGCACUAUGCGUGCAGGGCUGGUCACCUGCACGCCAUAGGGAUUCUUUUGGACCGCAAAGCGAACAUCGAAGCACUUGGCAGUGACAGAAAGACACCAUUGAUAUGUGCAGCCGAAGAGGGGAGGUCAGAGGCAAUUGAUCUUCUCUUGAAACGAAACGCCUCUAUUCGAAGCACCGAUGAUACAGGCAUGACAGCACUUCAUUGGGCAGCUUAUAAUGGCCAUGGAGAAACCGUCAGAAUACUCAGCGAGAAGAAGAAAGGAUCACUGGAUACGGUCAACAAAAUGGGCAGGACAGCCCUGCACUUGGCAGUCAUGCAGUCCCAGUUUGCUGUGGUGGAUAUCCUACAACGCAAAGGGAUCCCCCUCGACAGACCUUGCAAAGCGGGACUCACUGCACUUCACUAUGCUUGUAUGGCAGACAGCUUUGAAAUCGCGAACCUCCUGCUUCUAUCAGGUGCCAAUGUCGAAGCGUCAGAAUCUCAGCAUCAGCAACGACCUUUACACAUCGUCGCAUCCAAAGGAUCAAUACACAUGCUGGACUUGCUAUGUGACAAAGGAGCUUCUUUAGAUGCUCGGAAUGGCAUCGGUGAUCGAGCCCUCUGUGUAGCAAGUCGCUACGGACACACAGCUACUGUUCAAAGGUUGCUGGAUCGAGGAUCUCCACUUUCAAUGAAGUUUGAGACUGGUCUUCGAGAGGACUCCCCACUUUGUUUGGCUGCGAUGGGAGGCCACUUGAACGUGUUCUCUCUUUUGUUAAACCGGGGUGCGUCGCCUCUCAAGAAAGACGAGGCAGGAUGGCAACCAGUCCGCUACGCAGCAUACCAUGGCCAUCCAGAAGUCUUGCACCUUCUAUUGUCGCGCAGUAACAUCUCCGAGGCAGGAAUCCCCGAUAUCAUGAACAUGCCCCAAACGAUUGGAUUUUCUCCCAGCGUCUCCGAAGAAAAGAGACAUCAAGUGCUGCAGCUUCUCGGGCAGGCCUUCAGAUCUGCUAAUUCAACGCAUAUUUCACCUUCGGCACCAUCAUCCUAUCCACAUUCUUCUCGUACGCCUGCCCAACAUCUUCCUCCGCCUGCAGCCAAUACGCCGGCCCAAGUAUCCAUGCAUUCCUCAGUGCCUCAGUCGUUGAGUCCACGACAUUCAAUUACAAGACCAUAUACGCCACCGGUUUUUUACCCCCCUUUCCCUAGUUCAACUAUUUUUGAAGCAGACAGCUCGACCCCUCAAGAGCUCCUAGGGAGCCUGCCCUAUGACUCGUUGAGCACCCGGUCUAUAAGCCCAGAGAAUGUACAGCCAUCCAGCCAGGUCGCAUUUGCUCGUGACAUCUCAAGCACUGGCACGACAGAAGUGGGACCAACCAACGAACCAACGCUGCCUCUAACUAGCGACCGGAUUGCGGCUUUAUCAAAAGAGACUCACGGAACACCCAGACCACAGUCCCAACAGCGCAGAACAAGAAGCCCAGCCAGGCCUCAAGCCCACGAUUUGCCGCGGGUCCACGCAACAUACACGCCAAUCUCAUUGCCACCAUCUCCGUUUCCGCCCGUACAGUCAUCGCAAGCGUUGCCAUACCGCACAGGAAAUCAAAGUUCUAUGGGGCCGUCUCUUGUGAACUUGGAUCAGCCUAUCGAAGAAGCACAGAUCCCCCGAUCACUUCCAUCGCAACAGUACGCGGUACCUAGGACCAGCUCUCAAGAUUUAGAGACACAAGACGAUGAUAGUUCCGACACGGACUCUAUAUCUUCUGUUUAUACGGCACCUGAGGGGCAAACCCCUGAGAUACCCGCAAGUCUAGACCAUCGUGAGGGAAUUAAGCUUGGUUGA